AUGGUCAUGGGUGACAAGAAGAGCCCGACCAGGCCGAAAAGGCAAGCCAAACCUGCAGCCGACGAAGGCUUUUGGGAUUGUAGCGUGUGCACCUUCAGGAACAGCGCCGAAGCCUUCAAAUGCAGCAUCUGCGAUGUCAGGAAAGGCACGUCCACAAGAAAACCUAGAAUAAACUCUCAGCUGGUGGCACAACAAGUUGCCCAGCAAUAUGCAACCCCACCACCACCUAAGAAGGAGAAGAAGGAGAAAGUGGAAAAACAAGACAAAGAAAAACCUGACAAAGAGAAGGAAAUUAGUCCAAGUGUUACAAAGAAGAACACUAACAAGAAGACUAAACCAAAGUCGGAUAUUGUGAAAGAUCCUCCUAGUGAAGCAAACAGCAUACAGUCUGGGAAUACUACAACAAAGACCAGCGACUCAAAUCACACUUCAAGACCCAGACUGAAAAAUGUGGACAGAAGUACCGCACAGCAGCUGGCAGUCACAGUGGGAAAUGUAACAGUAAUUAUCACAGACUUUAAAGAAAAGACUCGCUCUUCAUCCACAUCAUCUUCUACAGUGACCUCCAGUGCAGGAUCAGAACAACAGAAUCAGAGCAGCUCGGGCUCUGAGAGCACAGACAAGGGCUCGUCCCGUUCCUCCACGCCCAAGGGGGACAUGUCGGCAGUCAACGACGAAUCUUUCUGA